UCUGAUGCCAAAAGGGCCACACAUUACCCUAUUGCUUUCAACAGAAGCAGUUUCCCAGAGGGUUUCAUUUUUGGCGCUGGCUCAUCUGCUUACCAGUCUGAAGGUGCAGCAUAUACGUAUGGGAGAGGACCAAGCAUAUGGGAUACUUUUACAAGAGAGCAUCCAGAAAAAAUAGCGGAUCGUAGCAAUGGAGAUGCAGCAGAUGAUUUUUAUCAUCGUUAUAAGGAAGAUAUACAACUAAUGAAGAAGAUUGGUUUGGACUCUUUUAGAUUCUCAAUAUCAUGGCCUAGGAUAUUGCCAAAAGGUAAACUCAGUGGAGGCGUAAACCAACUUGGUGUCGAAUUUUACAACAAUGUCAUCAAUGAGCUUCUUGCAAACGGAAUAACGCCCUUCGUGACAUUGUUCCAUUGGGAUACACCACAAGCACUUGAAGAAGAGUAUGGCAGUUGGUUAAGCACUAUGAUAGUGGACGAUUUUGUAGAUUAUGUGGACUUUUGUUUCAAAAGCUUUGGCGAUCGAGUAAAAAUUUGGGUUACCAUAAAUGAACCAAACAUAUUCUCUAUAAAUGCAUAUAACCUUGGUAGCCUGGCACCUGGUCGAUGUUCUAGCUUUGCUGGCAAUUGUACUGGUGGUGACUCGGCCACUGAACCCUACAUUGUGGGUUACCAUUUGCUUCUUGCUCAUGCUGCUGCUGUGAAUUUGUACAGAGAAAAGUAUCAGCCACAUCACAGAGGGAAAAUUGGGAUAACAAUAGCCGCUCAUUGGUUUAAACCCAAAUUUAACACAGCUGCUGAUCGUCGAGCUACCACAAGAGCUAUUGAUUUUCUAUUUGGAUGGUUUAUUCAUCCUGUAAUUUAUGGUGAUUACCCCGAAAGCAUGAGUACGGUUGGAAAUAGAUUGCCCAAGUUCAGUGGAAGCCAGUCCAAGCUAUUAAAAGGCUCUAUUGAUUUUCUUGGAUUGAAUUACUAUACAACAAAAUACGCACAACAUGUUCCUCUAUCCAAAAACAAGCUCACAAGUUAUGAUACAGAUAGACAAGCCACUCUCUCUGCACACAAAAAAGGAAUUCCCAUUGGUACUCCGACUGCAAUGAGCUGGCUUUUCAUCUACCCAAAGGGACUUGAGGAACUUUUACUAUAUAUUAAAGAAAAAUACAAUGACCCGGUUGUUUACAUCAAUGAAAAUGGAAUGGCUGAUGCAACAAACGACUCUUUGCCCAUCAAAGAAGCUCUCAAAGACAGCUUGAGGAUAAGAUAUCACCACAGCCAUCUUUCCUAUCUUUUGAAAGCUUUCAAGCAUGGUGCUAAUGUGAAAGGAUAUUAUGUUUGGUGUUUCUGGGAUGACUUUGAGUGGGGUACUGGUUAUACUGUUCGUUUUGGUCUCACUUACAUUGAUUUUAAAAACAAUUUGAAGAGACAUCUCAAGUACUCUGCCUAUUGGUUCAAGAUGUUUCUCCUUAAAUACUAG